CGCAGCAGGAGAAGUAUGUACAUCCUUCUGAACAUCUUUGUUAUGAAUUGUUUGGAGGGAACUUUAAUGACAUAUCUAAAUAACAUUUAAGAAAUUAUGGAUCCAGCUGAAGUAGAGUUCCUAGCAGAGAAAAGAAUGGUGAGCAUUGUUCCAAACUUUAACUUUGAUAGAAUACACCUGAUAUCGGGACAGAUAGGACCUUUCCGUGCUGGACUGCCCGUUAACGUGCCUAUAUGGAUGGCUUUAAAUCUCAAGCAAAGGCAGAAGUGUCGUAUCAUUGCUCCAGACUGGAUGAACUUGGAAAAUCUUCAAGAAGUAAAAGAUCAGGAAAGCCAGUCAAGGUUGUUUACUAGAAUGCCGAGUGAACAUUAUAUGGUGGAGAGCCACCUGUUGCUAGGUGCAGCGAGCGAUGACAUACCACAAGCGGAAGAAAUCCGUACAGUUAUAAAGGACAUUUGGGAUUUACGUAUGUCUAAGCUACGCUCAUCUGUAGAUGCCCUUUUUAAAAGUGAUGGCACACAUGCAGUUCUGGGGCAUUUGACAGCAAUGGAAAUAAACAGUGUUAGACCAUUGUUGCCACACUCACUGGAUCAGUUAAAUAGGCUACAGAAGGGAAGUCAAAUUGCUCCGUCUAUGACAUCACAAGAUGUAUCCCAGUAAGACCAAAAAGGAAAAUUAGAGCAGAGAUCUUAUUGUUGGUCAAAAAUUACCUGCCAUUUCAGUGAGUAACUGGUUCAUGGCAGCGUUUCAACAUCCACUUGAAGCUGUGUUCAUGUAUAAAAAUGUCCUUUUUAUUAAUUAAUUUUGAGCAGAAUAUUUCCCAAGAUUGUAUUUAAUGCCAACAAACUGUGGGUAAUUGCUGGAUAUUGUAAUUUUAAAAUUAAGCACAGAUUUCAAGUUGUAAUUAGAAAGUGUUAAUAUCAUUUUAAAUGUAAUUUUACUGUAUUUUCUCUAUUUAUUGUGUUGUUAU